UGUGCGCGCCAGUGACGAUCUGAUUGUCCCGUCGUUAAGUCGUCAUAACCACUUAUAAAGCGCAUACACGGACGAAAAUAAUAAUAAUAACAAUAAUAAUAAUAAUAUAGUAUAAUAUCGUUAAAACCGAAAAUCGCGGAUCGUCGAGUCCGCCGUCCCUCCCCCGCGCCGAAAAUACCGACUUACCACGCUAUCGUGCGUUAUUGUACUUUUCAAAAAUUUCGUAAAUUAAUUUUUUUUUCGUUUUUCUCAAGUGUUUUACUGGCCACGGUACGGUUUUUUUUUCCGUUUUUACUAUCAAUUCGCGCGACGUGUAUAUAUAUAUAUAUAGGUACACAAUAUAUAUUAUAUAUAUAACGCCGGUCGUCGUUAAAAAUUUUAUACUCUGCUCGUAAAAACCGCGGGCGCGCGCGCGAGUUUUACGACCCGUCCGGAUAUACGACGACGACGGCGAGAUGACCCUUUUUACGACAAAUUAAACGGUUCGUAAAGCCGACAAAAAGUGUUUUCGUAUAUAAAGUGUGUGUUUGUGUGUAUGUGUGUGUGUGCGCGCGCGUGCAAGCGUGAGUGUGUGUCUGCGUGUGUGCAAUAUCAAUUUGUACGCCUGCACCGACCCGAGCGAUGCGAUCUUGACGAAAUACAAUCGUAUUGCAUUAUAUCCGUAAAUGUAUCAUUGACUGCAACGCUCUAAUAUAUAUAUAUAUAUAUAUAGGAAAAACGUAUUUUUUCCUCGACGUGUCGGCGAAAAAAAAUCGCGACUUUCCUCUGUCCCACGUGCAGCCACCGAGUGUGAGCGGACGGAAAUCAAACGAAAAUAUACGUCGCGUAUUUAUACAAGACAUAAUAAUAUUAUAUUAUAUAGUCGACGAGCCAUAUAAUUAUACUGCCUAAGAUGAAUUCGUACUUCGAGCAGAGCGGUUUCUACGGUGGACAUCACCAUCACCAGUCGUCGUCGGCGCACCACCACGACCAGAACGCCGUGGCGGCAGCGUACCGGUUUCCGAUCGGCUUGGGCAUGUCACCGUACGCGUCGUCGCAGCAUCAUCACCAUCACGGGCUAUCGCAGUCCAGGGCCCCGCAGGACAGCCCUUACGACGCGUCCGUGGCCGCGGCCGCGUGCAAGCUCUACGGCUCCAGCGGAGGCGGCGGUGGCGGUGGUGGCGUCGGCGGCGGUGGAGGCGGUGGCGGAGGGGGCGGCUCGGGUGGCGGCGGUGGCGAUCAGUCGUCCGCGGCCGCCGUGGCCGCGGCCGGACUUAACUACACGAAGACCGAGCCGUGCGUCGGCAAAUCGGACGCCGCGGCCGCGGCCCACCAGAACGGUUACGCGUCUUCGCCCAAGGACGUGGUGUGGCCCGGCAACGCGGCGUCUGCGGCCGCCAACGGGUCGCUUCUCCGGCCCAACGUGUGCACGCCCGAAUCCCGCGUCGGCUACGGGUCCGGCAACAGCGUCUCCGGCCUGGACGGCGCCGGCGCCAGCCCGAACUCGGCACGCAACUCGGCCGGCUCGCUGUCCGCCUCGUGGAACACAUGCACCGGCAUCAACAACAACGGUCACCAGCAACAGGCCCUGCAGCUCAACCAGCAACAGAACAACCACACGUUCUACCCGUGGAUGGCCAUUGCAGGUCAGUCUCUAGGAGCAAACGGACUCAGACGCCGUGGCCGACAGACGUACACCAGAUACCAGACCCUCGAGCUGGAAAAAGAGUUCCACACCAACCACUACCUGACUCGCCGGCGGCGGAUAGAGAUGGCGCAUGCGCUGUGCCUCACCGAAAGGCAGAUAAAGAUUUGGUUCCAAAACAGGCGGAUGAAGCUGAAAAAAGAGAUACAGGCCAUCAAGGAGCUGAACGAGCAGGAGAAACAGGCGCAGGCGCAGAAGGCCGCCGUGCUGGCAGCCGCUCAGGCCGCCGGUGAUCGCUAAAAAAAAAAAACGGAUAACAUUUUUUUUAAACAACCACCCCCGACCUACUAUAUACGAGUUAUCAUUAAUUUUCCUUAUCGUUUUAUUAUUUUUUAUUUUUUACCCCCUUCGUCGCCAUAUUUUUUUUAACGUUUUUAUUUUUGUACAUAAAUUUGUAAUUUUCGUUUUUUUUUAUGCCCUUAUAUUAUUGUAUUAUAUACUAUUGUCGCGCGCGCGACCGUCGUGUUUGUUUCUAGUUGUGUUCAAUAUAUAAUAUUGUAUAUUAUCCCCUAUAUUAUUAUAUAAAAUAAUGUAUUCAUAAGGAUUAUGUCGCUUUUUUCAUUAUAUAUAAUAUAUUUAUAAAUAUAAUACUGUAAAUGUAAAUACGAAAUCUAUAUACGUAAUAAGUGUGUUAAGUCACCGACCCCCUCCCCAUUCCCCCCCUAAACCCCCCACUUCGCGGCCACCAACCGCUCGUCGCCCUGCAGAAUCGUCCCGAAGAGAAACCGAGCGGCCGAGCUCGUCACGUGAUGCAAAUACGACGGCCACGGAACGCGCAUCGCGAAAAGAAGACGUCACCGUCGCCGUCGCCACUGCCGCCGCCGAGACAAGACCACUAUAGCUGCUGCCGCAGCAAGGAUUGCCGGAAUGCCGUGCGCACACGCGCUCGUAUAUGCCUAUACAUACGAAUCCUUCGGAUCACGAUCACCAGAUUAUAGAUAUUUUUGGGAAGAUUAGUUCUUACAAGAGAAUAUCAAUAUCAUCAGAACAUCCAGAUACCCUAGCAUGUCACUAAAUAUUUCCAACAAAACUUCAUACAAUGAUGAACGGACAACUACGCGAUGGAUGGAUACGCGUAAAAUAUAUCGGCUCUUCGGCUCGAGACGACACUAAUUGUCGAUACACAGAUAUACGUAAUAUUAUAUGUUUGUAUACGAUUUAAAUUUAUUAUUACACGUAUAAAUAAUAAUAAUAAUAAACUAUCGACGAUAAAUCAUUUAAAUAUAAUAUAAUAAUAUGUAUGUUAUACGUAAUUUAUUAUGUAUAAGUAAUGCAAAAUGAAAUAAUAUAUAAGAACAAUUUUUAAGGUUAUAUAGUACAUAAUAUAUUAUAAUAUACUGUAUACUUACUUGUUUUAAGUAGACGUGGUAUAGCGCGUAUUGAAUACUAUUUUUUAGAUUUACUUUUUUUGCAUUAAGACUAUACAUUUAUUUUAGGUAACGUUAUAUAUACACAUAGAUAUAUUAUGUAUUAUACAUAUUAAAUAGUCAUAUAUAGUCAUAUAAAUAAGAAUCUAGGUGUAGUGUAUUUUUUUUGGAUUUCCAAAUUAAAAUCACUUUUUCUCCUAUUUGGAAGGUAUAUAUAACAUUGUUCUCGAGUAGUCUCGCCAGUUUCUAUAUAAAUCAAACGUGAAAUUCUACUAUAACAUUAUAAACCGGUGUUCAAACAAAAAAAAAAAUGACAAUGACAAGUGUCAAGUUUUAGUUUUUACUCAAUAAGUUUAUAUUUAUUUAUUUCCUUUAAUUUAUUGUAUAACUUUUAUAUAUUGUAAUCAGAUAAUAUUUUUAUGGAGUCUCUUUUUUUGUACAUAAACAUAACAGAAACCAACCAUUUUUUUUUUCGUUUGUUUUUACUUAUUAUAGUUACUAUAUUAUAUAUAAAUAAGAAGCGAGACAACGAUUUAUUUGUAUAAUAUUGAUAAUUGUGUUUAAAAAUAAAGCCUAAGUAU